AUGAAAUUUGAAUUUGCUCUACUGCUAUUAUUGAGCAGUAUAACAGUUACACUUCAGAUAUGCGAUUAUAUAACAUUGGUGAAGUGUUUCAUAAAUAUCUUGGAUGAAUGGGCAUGGACAUUAUAUGAAUUGAAAGAUAAUGUCGUUACGAUCAAUGAAAAUCAGUGUGAGCAUUUGAGGCAACUCGACUUAUGUAUCAAAGAUGCUGGACCAAUUAAGCAUGAAUGCCAACAUAAUGAAAUUGUUGCUGCAUCAAAUACAGUAAGCGAUCUGUUAAUACAUCGAAAAAAUUCAGGCAGCUUUUUGAAGAGUUAUUAUCUCUUGACAUAUGCUUGUUCACAGGAAGGGCAGGAUAUACUAAGGGAACAUCGUGAAUGUUUAACAGAGGAACGAAUCGGUGAAAUGACACUGAGCGCUGGAACCUAUUUGUCCGAAAAGUUUCUGGAGCAUCCCGAUGAUCAGGUUUGCCAAGAAGUAAAUAAUAAAUUGCAAGAAUAUAUCAGUGCAAUGAAAGGAAUUUGUCAAUCAGAAAGUGCACAAGUAAUCAUGUGUAAAAGCUUAAGAAACAUGUUCAAGGGAUUGCAUGCAGAUAAGUUACAUUCCUGCGACUUUGACUGCAGCAUUCCACAACUUGACGAGAUGGCUGAGCCGGGACUGGCCUCAAUGGUAGAUCAUGAAGGAACAGUAAGUGGAACAGCCGGAGAAGAUAGCCUGAUUCCUGAAGCAGUUAAUGAGCAUACUGCUGCUGCAGCAACUGCAGAUGGUACUGCACCGGAAAAUUCCACCAACGAAAAUAUUAUAUAA